AUGGCUCAGUCGCCGCCUGCGCCAUCACGGCCUCCCCUCCCUCAGACCCAGACGUCUUUUGCGCGCACCUUUUCCUCUGCAAAUGGCCGACCCAGCCCGCUUGGCCCUCAGUCACCUCCAUUAGCGAUGAACUACUCCUCACCUUCGCCUCAAGCAUUUUCUCCCCAGCAAUAUUUCCAACCGCCAGCUGCUAAGAGACCCAGACUGUCUCCCGAUGUUCAGUCCCCUUCUGCUGCUCAAAGCUAUCCUCCUACCCCGACAGCCCAGCCGACCACCCCCAGCGGAAAUGGCCCCGUGAAUGGUUCAGCCGUGCCACCCUCGGGGCAAGUAUUGAUGCCUCCUCCUCAACGUCCGCCGGAAAAAGCAGAAGAUCGGAAUUAUGAGGAUAUCUUGGUUGGAACUGGAAUCAAUAUUGAAGAGGAGGCUAGGAUGCUGGUUCAGAAUGACUACUUUGGCAGUUCAACUCCCAAAACGGCGACUUCCGGCAGUUUUGAAUAUCAAAACAAUUCCUUUCCGCAACCUGGAUCGAGCGGAGGCGUAGCAGCCUCACAAAAGGAACAAGCAGAGGGCCUAACCCAGGAAUACCAGCCGUCAGAGGAAGAGAUGAAAGAGAGAAAAGAAGCCCGUGCCGACUGGGAAGCAUCUAGAUACGGCCAGUAUCCGCUGUGGGAUAUGUUUUUGUUGGGCGGAGCGCUCAACGACAAGAUUCGAAAUAUCAGCAUUACUGAGCACUUGGUUGAUCCACAGUCGGGAGUACUUGUCAAUACGCAAAAGCAUAUGCCUCCGCCCACGGUGCGGGUCAACGGGUUGGAAGGUGCGUCCCGUAUCAUCGACAAGGGGCAAGCUAUCCUCGACACUGGGCAGAAAGGCGAGCGGCUUUCUGAUAUCAUGAAAGUCAUCAGUUUGGCAGCACGAGCCCGAAUGACUGGUCUACUAAGCGCGUCCUCGAGACUUGCAAAGGAACGGCGGCAACAUUCCAAGGGAAAGGUACCAGAUGAGUGGCAAGAUAUAGCAGUUCAACCCAAGCAGGCAACCGACGUCCCUGAUAGAGCAGCUAGCCCAACGGGUAGCUCCAGCUUAAAACGCACCCAUUCUCAAGCAGGCAGUGAAUCUUCGUUUCGACCUGAGCAGAUUCCAGGUCCUAUACGUCUUAUAUCAGCGUUCGAGAGAGCUUCACAAGCCGAAAGGGCGGCCGAGGAAGCACGUCGACAAAAGAGAGCAAAACGGAAAGCUGCCAAAAGCGAAGAAACAGCCCCAACAGCAACGGGGACUGAAGCGACGCCAGAUGCCGCCGGUGUUGCUGCCCUGGAAAUGGAGAAGAAGACGACAAAGAAAGAGAGGAAACUGGCAGAGAGCAAAUUUACCGAGCAACAACAGCACAAGUCGGCAAAUGAAGCAGCGCGAAUGGCUGUCGCAGGUUUGUUCGGGAGUCGGUUGGGAGGAAAGAAGUCAAGAACCUACGAUUGGAUGAAUGCAGGCAAAGCCGGAGCAAGCCCUGCUGUGACUCCAGGCAGACUGCCAGUGUCGGCCAGUACGUCGGCAGCAGGAACACCGGCCCCUGAUCGAACUCGAACGAUUCCAAAAGAAAAGCAGUUUGGUCAGUGGGAUGAGGACAGGGAUGCUAAGAUCCAGGCUCGAGACGUUUUACUUGUGCUCGAGACUGACGGGCGUGCCACACGUUCAUAUGUGAGAGGGCUCAGCUUGCCAGAGAGAAGCGAUUCUUGA